GUUGCUGCUCAUGAUACCUAGAAAUGAUAAGGAGUAACCUUCUGUUUAUGGUUCCUAUCAUCCUUGGACUAACCUCGAUGGCUGUGGGAUAUAAAGGACGCAUAAACUACGUAACUUCAGCGGAGGCGAAAAUGGAAUUGCUGGAAAAGGAUAAAAAACUUAUUAUCCUACUAAAUAGUUAUGCGGUGAAGCUGCAAGACAAAAUCAACGUGCUGAAAAGGAUAGCUAAGGAGUUCAGAAAGCCUUUGAAAGCAGCCAAGGGCAGGGAAGAGGUGUACCUGUUCAAUCCUUUAAACCACUUAUCCCUCAUCCGUCAAAUGCAUGAGGAUUGGGAGCCGGUGGAGAAGUUCAUGCAGCAGUCAGUGGGUCAAGGACAAAUUGCGUCAAUUGAGAAACUGCGUAGGGAUCUUCCAUCGCAGAAUGAUUUGGAUGAGGCUAGUCAGGCCAUGUUUCGCAUAGUUGAUGCGUAUGGCUUAGAACCUAAGAAGGUGGCCAGAGGAUUGGUUGAUGGAGUGCAAUACAGUGGCCACCUAUCCGCUAGUGAUUGCUAUGCCUUGGCAAAGUUCUCUUUUAAGGCGGGUAAAUACCAAAUAGCCUCCAGUUGGCUAAAUACGGCCAACAACUUCUUGUUAAAACAACCGCGUAAAUACAAUGAGGUUAUUGGGGUCAGCAACAUGGAUAUUACUUUGCUGCUUGCUCGCUCUCUAGUUGCCAAUGGAAACGUAUCCAUCGCUCGUGAAAUGCUGGUGAAUGAUUCCAAUUUUGGAGAAGCUGGUAAUGCUCUUGCUCGGCACUUCUAUGAAAAUACCCCAAAAACAACUGUCAGCUUGGAGUCUUGCGAAUCAGGAGGAGUAUUUAAUAAACUCUGUCGCUCUGGGAGCAGAAGACAGUUGAAUGAAUCAAAAACCACGAGGCUUCACUGUCGUUACAAUGCAACCACUUCGCCAUUUCUGAGACUAGCUCCUCUUCGGAUCGAAGAACUAUCGCUAGAUCCUUAUGUAGUGCUCUAUCACAAUGUUUUAAGCGAUGCAGAGAUCGAAAAACUGGUGCGGAUGAGUGGGCCAUUCCUUGAGAGGACAAUGGUCUUUCGAGUCGAAAACAGAACGGAGCAAAUUGCCUCCAGUCGAACAGCCGAUGGGGUGUGGCUUCCUCAUAAGUACACGGAAUACUAUGAUCAGGAGGUUUUAAGACGCAUUAAUCAAAGAGUUGGUGACAUUACGGGUCUUAAUAUGCGCAGUGCCAAAAAAAUGCAGUUUAUGAAGUACGGAUUUGGGGGUCAUUUCGUGCCACAUCAUGACUUUUUCGACCUCAAGACCUCGUACUUGGAGGCCGUUGGCGAUCGCUUUGCCACUGUUCUGUUUUAUCUAAAUAAUGUGGAGCACGGUGGAGCUACUGUAUUUCCCAAAAUUAAUCUCAUUGUGCAACCUCAGAAGGGAUCGGCUUUAUUUUGGCACAACCUGGAUGGCGAGUCCUACGACUAUGACAAACGGACCCUUCAUGGCGCUUGUCCUCUAAUAUCUGGCAACAAGUUGGUUAUGACACGUUGGAUUUACGAACUAGAUCAGAUGUUCCUACUUCCCGCCGUGCUUCCUCCUCGAAGACGUAACUUCAGCAAAACGAUUUCAAACUAAACAUAAAUUAAACAAACACAAGAAGUGGAACGAACUAAAUUAAAGCCAAUAUAUAAAAUAUUU